AUGAGCUACGUUACCCGCCGGGCGCUCUCCACGCUCAUCCCCCCCAAGGUUGCUUCGCCGAAGGCCAUCGGCGCUGCUCCCGAUGCUGUCCGCAUGCAGCGUGUCGUCAGCUUCUACGAGAAGCUCCCCCGUGGUGCCGCCCCCGACGUGAAGCCCAAGGGUUUCUGGGGCAAGUACCAGGCGAAGCACUUCGGCAAGAACCCGAGCGCAAAGCCCAUCAUCCACGCAAUUGUCAUCCUCGUCACCAUCGGCUAUGCUCAGAACUACUACUUCCACCUGCCCCAGGGCAAGCCUCCUGCUAAAAACAGCCACACGCCCCCCCAGCUUCCUCCCCCUAGCGAGCACACUUUUGCGCCCGUCAGCAAAUCAAUCAGGCUUCACCUCCAGUCUCACCCUCUCGCAUCCAACCUCGUCCCACUAAGCCCCAUCUGGCAAGGCGGCGCAGACCUGACAAACGAGAACGGCACCGGGCCAGCCAGCACACCCAAGGCUUUGCAACGUCAACCUUGGCUGCAAAAGCGUGCCCAGCCGCAAAUCCACACCAUUCUCUCGACUCGACUGUCCGUCGAAACUAUUGUUCCCUCUGACUCCGAGCCUUCCAACAAGACGCCCAACGAUCUCAACGAUGUCGCCUCGCACGCCCCUGAUGUGAACGGCAGUGCCGCCGCUUCUACAGACGAACUCGAGCAUAAGCAAAUUUCCGACAUUGUCGACGAUCUAGUCAACUCGGCAGAGGUGAGCAUUAGUGGAGGAUCCGACACCGAAGCUUCCAAGCUCGACGGGUUGAAGGGCAAGGAUGGCGACAAGGGCCAUGGCAGAACAUCUUCCUCCGUCAAGAAACCUGCCACCUUCAAGGCAGUAUCGGUCAACAAGACGUUCUUGGCAGCGAAAGGGGCGGCGGGAACAGCUGCGACCAAGACGGCCGACAAGUCGCCAUUGUCUGCAAGUUUAACAGUGGCACAGCCAGGCUCGUUGUCAGCGGCUCGACCCCGACUCGUUGCCAAGACUGGCAGCGGUCACUCACUUCCCAAGGCCGUCGGCGCAAAUGGCCGCGCUCCAGCAGCGCCCGAUCCGAAUGCUGUCUGGAACAAGAAUAGGCCUGCUCCACCACCAGAACCGAAAAAGUUCACCGACGAGGAGCUGAAGAAGUACGGCAUCCAUAUGGCGAGCCGUCUGCAUCCAGAUGAUUCUAAGGGACAAGCAAACUGGGCAGACAUCGAGGACGAUGACGAGGACUGGGCACCCGAAGAGAUCAGGUGGAACGACGGGACUAAAUCAACAAUACCUCACCACGAAGAGCAGCCCGCGCCAACCCCCGAACCGCCGGCAAGCAGCGUGUCGAGGGAGCUGAAGACUGCAGACAAGCCGAAAUCACCCGCCCCUACCGCGUCCCCGUCAGUGAAGCCUGGCGUCCUUGCUUCUGGCAAGGGACUGGUUCUGAAGGGCCAUCAAGACAAGCCAACCCUGGUCGCAAAACCGCCGGCGCCACCAACACCCGUCAAGUCGCCAUGGGCCACUCUACCUCCAGUCGACAAAGCCCCCCCUCCGAUUGAUUUGCCGGGGCAGCACCAUCCCAUGAGACCUCCCCCAAGGGAGCAUCACAUGCAGUACGGCGAUGGUAUGCUUGGGCCGUAUAAAGAAAUAGCUGCGGACGAUUUCAGUAGAUCGGGAUUUAGGGAUGGCCAUGCUGCGCACGGCCGAGAGCUCUUCAACUCGCAUUCCGGCCGCCUCGAGCCUGUCAUGGAUCGUAGAGGAGGAGUCAGGAGCGAAGCCCACGGCAGACAACCGCCUGCUGCCCUUCUUCAACGCCCAUCUCAAUCCGAUCACCCAGAACCAUCUGCAGCAUUCCAGACAAGCAGGACCAGUGCACAAGAAGGUCCGUAUGGACGCCGCCGUGGCUCGUCAAACGUGAGUGGUGGGAGCGGUCACGUCUUCUCCCGGAUGGGAAAGCCUCACGACCAGGCAUUACCACCCCCAGAGCUUCUCAGCGCUAGACGGGCUUCGACAGCUGCCGGGAGUGACGACAUGUCCUCGCCACGGAACUUCUCACCUUCCGGCCAGCGGCAACCUAUGCACGGUCUUCCGGCAUGGCAGACUCGCAUGUCACCAAAUGUCACCCAUGCUACACCGUUCACAGGGCACCAAAUGGCCCAAAAUGAAAAUAACGCGCAUCUGCCAGGGCAGCAACUGCCGCCGGCUGUCCCUGUCGAGGAUGCUUUGGAAGUUCAGAAGCGGGUCAUGCGCGAACGGCGGGAAAUGGCCAUCAAGCGUCGCCUGGAGGAGGAGGCGCGUGAGGAAGCCGCGAAACAGGAGCGGCUCCGUGUCAAGCUCGAGGCGCUCGGCCCUGCCCCAGAGAGGAAGAGCACAAAGAAGGAAGUCUCCAAUGAGAACACUCUGAAGGAUGCCUCUAGGUCUCACUCCAAGUCGAGUGAUGCAGAGACCGCUGAAAUGCAAUCAACCCCCCACCAACCGCGAUCGAUGCAGCCAUCGGCGUCUGCUGAGAGCAACAGCGAUACGCUUCCCGACGGCGCCAAGCCGCAUGGCCAGCAUCAACCCAUACACCCCCCCGGUCUGGCUGACUCCGUUCACGCUGCACAGGAGUCAAAGGCCGCUCCUGGCUGGCAAAGCCAAGGUGAACGGCUGCCAACGUGGGCACCGGCCAGCCAGCCAUCGUCACGCAAUGUCUGGGGUUCCCCGAACAACAACCGAAGCCUUGGGAAUGGCACUUUCAACGCGGAUCUUGGUCGAGUCCCAGAUGCCUUCACGGGUCCCGCUCCGCAGGUACACUCGAAGCCCACGCCUGGCCCUAUCGGUCCUCCAGGAUCGCAGAAGCAAAGCAUGGCACCUAUUCAGCCGAUUGGACCUCCAAAUGCAAAUGCGGUGCGCAAUGCAUGGUCAAGUGCUGUCCGCGACCGUGAUAGCACCCUAUUUGCAGAACGCCAAGCUGCACGUGCUGAACAACAACGAGACAUGGAAGCGCGCGGCCUAUCGGCCCAGGACCUGAAGACCAGUAUCAAGGAUAACUGGAAGCCGACAAAGUUAAACGACGAAGGUAUACGGAUCGAGGAGAGGGAACGGUCGACAGUGAUUCAUGCUGCGGCACCAUGGAAGACAUCAGACGAUGCCACCACCGUUACGCAGGCUCAGUCGCAUGGCCUCCAACAUACGCCCCCCAUAGGGCCUAAUGGACCUGGUCCCGUGCCCCAGCAGGGGCGCGCAUCCCGCUUCUUCCCAACACGAGAUGUUCGGCUGGAGGAGCAAGCAGCUCGCGCCGACCGGAGUGGCAGAAAUUCGCCUUCUCCGCCUCCUCCCGACAUGUUCGGCCAUCCUGUCUUUGAUGGAGAUGCUGCACGACCACACGUCGCUUUGCCACCUCCUCAGAUCGUUGUUAGACUUCCCAAGACUCAGGCUGCUCAUACUCACAAUGCUGAAUGGGCCACGCAACAGGCACCAAGAGGCUUGCCGCCCCGUGGUCCUAUGCGCGAAGCUCACAUGCAGCACGAAGGGCUCUACCAACCCAACCAGGCACAUGCCGUCCCUCAUCCGGACAACCCGUGGCAAGCUCGGAUUGACCACCUGCUCGACCGCAAACCGUCAUCGCCCCCCAAGUCCGCCUCUGUUGACUCAGUCUCGCGAGUAGUUGACCACAGGGCCUAUCAACAAUACCCCGCGACCGUCUCACUUCCAUUCUCAUUCUCGAAAAAUCUUGAUCAAGGCGUUGAUGGUUCUGUUACGUCUAAAGUCAUGGCAGAAGAGUGCUUCGAGGAGCAGGAGAUGGGAUCUCUACCAUCCGUGCGCCUGGGCACCGAUUAUCCACCUCACCUGGACGAGGCUAUCGAGGCGCCUAAGCCCCUGCCGCGCCGCUUCUUGUUGACCACAUCCACCAGUCUGGACCAAGAUCAGCUGCUUAGGGACGGCUUUGGGCCACAACACAUAGCGCCGAUUCGGCUCCCAGGAUCUCCUACUGCUAAGAGCGUGACAAUCCCUGUUCCUCGCUCGCGCAGCAAUCCUCGGCGGCCUGGCGGCUACAGCCGUGGCGGGAUGAGGCAUUCCUCUGCUGCUGUUCACCGAGGCGGCAAAUCAAGGGAGCCGUCUUCAUCCUACGGGGAGGGCACCACCGGCAGCAGUGGGCGCGGUCGCGGAGGGUAUCGUGGCCGGUCGGACAAUUGGUCGAGGCACGUGUCGAGCCCUUUGCAGACCUAG